UCAUAAUAGCACUUGGAAAGAACUGACCAGAAUUUCUGUAUUUAUGUUGUUUUAUCGUUAUUUCACGCAUAUGUGUAUGAUUCACUAAAAUAUUUCAUACAUUCAUUACCAAACAAAAAUUGGUACAUCUUUCAUUUCACACUGAGAAUUACAAAAAAAAUCAUACAAUGCAAACAUAUUUUGAUGUCACUUGUUGUGUAAUUUAAAAACGGAUUACUUUUUGCGUACAGAGCAAAAACGAAAUAUUAACAUCGGAGUUUAGAUGUUGUAGUCAUUAUUGACAAUUGUUGAUUCCCUUUGCAAUUUAGGCAAUGGGGACAACAUCACCGUGUUUUAAUUCUGCGUUUCAGUUCACAAUUACAGCAGGAAGCGUAUUUUUCGUGUACGGCUGUUACGCGGUCAUUCAGGAAUGGAUUUUCAGAAUUCCGAACAUCAGAGAAUACGGUGCAUUUUUGACAAUGAUGGAAUUUGGCUUGCGCAGUAUUCUAUGCUGGGGUCAGUUCUGGCUGCAGCAGACCUGUGCUAAGAGGAGGGUUCAGCCAUGUGCCCCUUUCCGGUGCUACAUCCUAGUUGGUUUCACAAGCGCUGCCACGAUGGUCUUCUCAAACUGCUCACUCUCUUAUCUCAAUUAUCCGACACAGAUGAUGUUCAAAAGCUGCAAGCUGAUUCCAGUGAUGAUUGGCGGGAUUCUCGUGCAAUCAAAACGCUUCCAUUCCUUAGAUUACCUCUCAGUUAUUCUCAUGACAUUCGGACUAAUUUGGUUCACAAAAGUCGACAAGACCUUAAACACCGAAUUCAACAUGCUCGGAAUAUUCUACAUCUGUUCAGCUUUAGUUUUCGACGCGUUUUUAGGAAAUUUCCAGGAAAAGAUUCUGCGAGAUUAUCGAAUGAGCCAAGCAGAAUUGACGACAUAUUCCUAUUCGUUCGGAACUUGGGCUCUGUUCGUGAUCGUAUCGGCAGAUGGAUCACUUGUUGAGGGUUAUCGGGCACUGAAAAGUGCGGCCCCGCUGAGUCUAGAACUCAUGCUAGCCCUGACAGUUUGUGGAUUUCUUGGAAUCAAUUUGGUUUUAGUUCUUAUCAGGCGCAAUGGUGCCUUGGUCAGCGUAACAGUAACUACUCUUCGCAAAGUCAUCUCAACUGUCAUCUCAUUUCUAACCUUCGCCAAACCCUUCUCGGUUGAGUACCUCUACGCCGGAUCCCUUCUUUUAUCCGGGGUCACUUUGAACAUCUACGGGAAGAACAGGAAGAACUGUUCGUCCCUCUGGUGGGCUGUGUUUUCCAGGACAUGUCUCAGAUAUACGAAGAUGUGUUUCAAGUUCAAGAGCGAAGAUAGCCCAAGAAGUCAAUUGGAGAAAUCGAUUAUCAUGCAAGCAUAGGUGAUAGCAAAAAUGCAGCGAAAAUUGGUCGGCGUGG